GGAUCCGAACUUAAUUACAACAGCUAAUCAUGACCACAGAAGCUGAUAGAGAGCGAAUUUUCAAACGCUUUGAUACCAACAGCGAUGGAAAGAUUUCAUCAGCCGAGUUGGGUGAAGCAUUACGUACCCUUGGAACAGCUUCUCCUGAUGAGAUCAAACGCUUGAUGGCUGAGAUCGACACUGAUGGCGAUGGAUUCAUUGAUUUCAAGGAGUUCACUGAUUUCUGUCAUGCCAAUGGUGGCAUUAUGAAGGAUAUCGGAAAAGUGUUAUGAAAGUUCCUACUUUUUUUAGUUACAUUUUUAUAAGUCUGUAUUACCGUUCUUCUCUAAUAGAUAUAUCCAAUGCUGUAGAGAUGUGAGUUUUUAUUGGUAAUCUUACCAAGGGUUAAAUGACACCAUUCUCCUACUACCGAAGUUAAAUCGCAGUCCACCAGCUGGGCCAUAUUGAUCAGUGUAAGAUCUAAUUCGAGAGGUAGGGCCCACCGUGGAUA